AUGAUGGAGCAGCGGCCUGUUCAAGAUCUGGUCACGCCUUGGCGGCCCAAGUCUCCAAUAUCAAACAUCGUAUUUAUCCAUGCCAACGUUAUAGAUCCUAUCAACGGCACUGUGCUAAAGGAUGUCUUUGUUCAUGUGGUUGGCGACCUCAUCAGAAGCGUCUCGGAAACGGUAGAGAUAGAAGACAAGCAAGCAACGACCAUCAUCGACCUGGAGGGGAAGUUCAUAUGCCCUGGAUUAAUUGACUGUCACGUUCACAUAACUAUCGUCCCUGGUGCUCCUGACCUGCAUUCGACCCUGAGUAUGGCUCCCGCGGUCGCAGCAGCGAGAGUGCCCUAUGUUGCAGGACAGAUGCUUGACAGAGGAUUCACCUCGAUACGCGACUGUGCUGGGGCACAGUCAGCACUGAAGCAAGCGAUUGCUGAGAACGCAAUUCGGGGCCCACGAUUGUUCAUUUCUGGCCACGCGCUGUCGCAGACAGGCGGUCACGGAGACACACGGUCGAUGUACGACCAAGAGCCCUGCUGCGGAGGCCAUCUUACCAUCCUCGGGAGACUUUGUGAUGGCGUACCGGAGUGUAUGAAGGCCGCUAGAGAGGAGAUUCGCCGCGGUGCCGACUUCAUCAAGAUCAUGGCAGGCGGUGGCGUGGCGAGUCCCAGCGACGGCAUCCACCAGCUGCAAUUCUCGGAGGAAGAGAUCUCUGCAAUCGUCAAGGUCGCAAACAACGCUGGGACGUACGUCACCGCGCACGCUUAUACUCCCAGAGCGAUUCGACAGGUUGUGGCGCUCGGCGUCCGUGGCAUCGAGCAUGGAAACCUGAUCGACGAGCCUACCGCCCAGCUGAUGGCUGAGAAGGGCGUCUUCCUGACGCCGACACUCAUCACGUACGCAGCUAUGGAGACGCCCCCUUUCGCGGACUUCCUGCCGCCUGCCUCGGCUGUCAAGAACAAGGAGAUUCUCGAGGCAGGCCUGCGCUCUCUCAGGAUAGCGUCUGAAGCCGGCGUCACGAUUUGCUACGGGUCAGAUCUCCUUGGACCUCUUCAAUAUGCCCAGACGCAUGAGUUUCAGCUGCGGAGACAGGCCUUGACAGACUUGCAGAUUUUGCAAAGUGCGACUACCAACGCAGCAAAAAUGAUGCAGCAGGACAACCUGGGAAACGUGAAGCCGGGAUACCUCGCCGACUUCCUCAUCUUGAACAAGAACCCACUGGAUGAUGUAACCAUUCUCGAUCGGCCUGACGAGAAUCUUCUGGCUGUGGUCAAGGAUGGACGGGUAGUCUCGAGCAGGUGGUCCAAAGUACCGGCAGAAGCAACCCACCCUCUUCCGCAGAUAGCAUGA